CUCUCUCCUGGCACCGGCAGAUUUUUUUUUUUUCUUCUCUUCUCUUCAGUCUCGGCUCUCUCCUGGCAGAUUUUUUUUUUUUUUCUUCUUUUUAUUAUUAUUAUUAUUUUUUUCUUACUCCAGUUUUUUUAUUUUUUUUUUCAUUUUUUUAUUAUUUAUUUAUUUAUUUGUGUGAGGUACUUUAUAUUAACCUGAUUUAUUUGUGUGAAAAGUUGUAUUUGUUCCAUUCUAACAUGUUGUUGGUUUGAGGAAAUGCAUUGCACAUUCAAUAUCCGAUCAAAGUUUAGGUCUGCAUCGAGUGGUCUAUUAGCAUCCUUUGUUAACGGGACCAUACCUGGCAUGACCCUCUUUGUUUCAGCAUGAUCUCCCACUCGAAGCAUAAGGUUUUAGGCGUGCACAGAGGCACGCAGCUCACUAGAAAUAUUUCAAUACUAAACCGUUGGUAAACCGUAUCCUUUCUUUAGGCGAUCAAGUAAACAACAAAAAUGUGUAGUAUUGGGAGAAUGAAUAACGAACUGCAGUUUAACUGAUAUGUCAAAAUGUUGUAACAAACAUAGCAACUAUGUGCAUAUUCUCUAAUCCAUAUCAAACCAAAUUUCUUGAAAUGCGACAAAAGCAGAACAUAGUCAAAUCUUUCCUUUAGUCCUGCAUUAAACAAGGGCAUCCAGCGGCCAAGAGUGUUAAGAGUAGAGUCACAAAGUCUCCCCUAUAUUAGAUCGAAGAAUUGGAAAAUAUUACUUCAGAUAUUAGGCAUUAUAAGAAUCGACUCAAUGUGACACAAUGAAUUUUCCCAGUCAGUGUCUACUUAGAACAUAAUAAUAAUAAUAAUAAAUUAAAAUAAAACAAAUGAAAAGUUAAUAAAUUAUUCAAUAUCCGGAUUUGCACAUUCAGAGUUUACCAUUUAAUAAUAAUAAUAAAAUCAUAGCAUGCAUCCAAUUUGAGCUAGUGACCAAAUUCUAAUGAGAGUAUGAGACCUUAAAGAAUAAUAUUUUGUUUUUUGCAUUCUGCCAAAGUUUUGUAUUUAUUUUUUUAAAUUGAAAUGUUAAUAUUGCUAAUUGCUUUGAAGUUCUGUAUUUAUUUAUUUAUUUGCCAGAGUUGUUGCAAACACUGAUUACAUGAUGCUAUUAUUUUGUUAUCUUGAAUUUGAUUGUAGUUUGUACUUUAAAAGAUGCCUAGUGAUGGUUCAAGAAAGGAUCCGGCAUGGAAUUACUCACAUUUGGAGAAUCCGAAAGAUACAAAUGCCGUCACUUGUAACUUUUGUGCAAAAGUUACAAAAGGAGGUAUUUAUCGAGCUAAACAACACUUCGCUGGAGGGUAUAGAAAUGUGAGUGCAUGCCCAAGAUGCCCAUCUAGUGUUAGAGAAGAAAUCAAAGAGUACAUGAGUAAGAAAAAGGAAGAAAAAGAUCAAAUGAAUUUGUUACCUAGUGAUGAAAUUAAUUUCAUUGAUGGAGAGGAUGAGGAUGACAUUAUGGAAGUUAACAAUCGAGGAAAAAGGGUAGCCAGUGCAGGCAGUGCUAGUGUCAAUUCCUCAAAGGUGCAAAAGCAAAAGGGACCGAUUGAUUUAUAUUUCACUCCCAGACCGGAAAUUGUGGUACAAAAAAGAAAGGAGGGGGGAAAACAAACAGCCAUUAAUGAUGCAUGCAAGAAAGAGUUGAGAGGAAGAGCGUGUGCUGCUUUUGCAAGGUGGAUGUAUGAUGCAGGAAUUGCAUUCAAUGCUGUUAAGUAUGAUAGCUUUGCCGAGGUUGUUGAAGCAAUUGGACAAUAUGGUCCUGGCAUGAAACCACCUAGUUAUCAUGAGGUGAGAAUUCCUUUGCUUAGGAAGGAAUUGGAUAAUACCAAUGCUUUGAUGAAUGACCAUAGGGAGGAGUGGUCAAAAUUUGGAUGCUCGUUAAUGGCAGAUGGGUGGACAGACAAGAGAGGGAGAACAUUGCUUAAUUUCCUAGUAAAUAGUCCAAGGGGAACCAUGUUUAUUGAGUCGAUAGAUACUUCUUCUUUUUCAAAUGAUGGUGACAAGAUGUUUGACUUACUUAAUAAAUUUGUCAACCGCAUUGGAGUAGCAAAUGUCAUCCAAGUCGUCACAGAUAGUGAGUCAAGCAAUAAAUAUGCCGGGAGGAUGUUAGAGAAAGAACACCCACAUUUGUAUUGGACCCCAUGUGCUGCUCAUUGCUUAGACUUGAUGUUGGAAGACAUUGGGAAAAUACCGUCUAUCUCUAGAACAAUGCAGAGGGCAGUGGAGUUGAAUAGUUAUAUUUAUAUGCGACCAAAGUUGUUGAACAUUAUGAGGAACUUUACUCACAAAAAGGAGUUGCUUAGGCCUGCUAAGACUCGAUUUGCUACAUGUUUCAUCACAUUAUCAAGUAUUCACAAGCAAAAGAAUAACUUGAGAAAGAUGUUUACUUCAGAAGAAUGGAAUCGUAGUAAAUGGGCGAAAGAGGAAGCCGGUAAAAGAGUUGCUUCUUAUGUUUUGAUGCCUUCCUUUUGGAACAACAUUGUCUUUAGCCUUAAGGUUUCUGGUCCUCUUAUUCCGGUUUUGAGAUUAGUUGAUGGCGAGAGAAAGCCUCCCAUGGGAUACAUUUAUGCGGCUAUGGAUAGGGCUAAAGAAGCCAUUGCAAAAUCAUUUGGGGGAGUAGAAGACAAAUACUCAGAUAUUUUUGAAAUAAUUGAUAAGAGGUGGAAUGUUCAACUUCAUCGCCCUUUGCAUGCAGCAGGUUAUUAUUUGAACCCAGAAUAUUUUUAUUCAAAUUCGAAAAUUGAAGAAGAUGAAGAGAUUGCAAAGGGUUUGUAUGCAUGCAUUGCAAGGUUAGUCCCGGAUGUCAAAGACCAAGACAAAAUUACUGAGGAGCUGUCCUUAUAUUCUAAAGCUGAGGGCCUCUUUGGUAAUCCCUUUGCUAUUAGACAGAGAAGUACACGAGGACCAGCCAAUUGGUGGGAAGCUUAUGGCAAGUCAACAAAACUUCUCCAAAAGUUUGCUAUAAAGGUUUUAAGCCUUACUUGCAGUUCUUCUGGUUGUGAACGAAAUUGGAGCGUGUUUGAGCAUCUUCAUAACAAGAAAAGAAAUAGGCUCGCUCAAACAACGUUGAAUGAUUUAGUGUUCAUCAAAUAUAAUAGAGCAUUGAGGCGUCGAUAUAAUAUGCGUGACACUCUUGAUCCCAUUUUACUCGAUGACAUUGAUGAGAGCAACGAGUGGUUGACGGGGAGGAUGGAUGAUUCUGAUGCAGAACAUGAUCUAGUCUAUGAAGAUGAUUCCUUGACAUGGGGUGAUGUUGCUAAUUUUGCUGGUAUUGGAGAGGCAAGCAGGCCGCAACGGUCUACUAGAUCAAAAUCUAGUUCUAGUUCACGGUUACCAACAAAGGGAGCAGGAAGUUCUUCAGUUCGACUUGUGGAUGAGGAUGAGGAUGAUUCAGAUGAGAUAGAAGAGGAUCCUGAGAAUUAUGAAUCAUUUAGUGACGAUCAAAAUGAUGUUAUGCUUAUUGAUGACGAGGAUGAUAUUUAGAUUCAUUGGUGUUGUCUUCUUAGGAAGAAUGAUGUUUAUGUUUGUUUUAGUUUUAUCUUAUACUUCUCCUUAGUUGACUUUUGCAUCUUUAUGGUAAUAUGUUUGAUUAUUCACUGUUUUGAACUCAAGUACUUGAUUUACUUGGUUUUGGCAUCUUUAUGUUGAAUAUUUAACUUAAGUAAUUCAUUUAGUUGACUUUUACAUCUUUCUAUUUAUUAUUGCAUGAUUUGCAUCUUUAAUACUUUAUUGGGUGGGUUUUGUUUUUUUUUUUUUUCCAACGUGCGCCUUGCUUCAGUCGGGCGCGCGCCUCGCCUUGCGCCUCAGGCUCCAGGAGGCAUUUGCGCUUUUGUGCGCCUUGAGCCUUUAACAACUAUGGAUAGGACUUUAAGUGCAGUUCUGACUAAUUUCUUCUUCUUUUAAUUAUUGAGAGUAGUUUCAGGGGAGUAUGAUAGUACUACUUAAAUACUGU